AUGGCCAUUGAAGCAAGGAAUUUCAAUCUUUUUCCUUCACAAUUCAUACCCAACAGAGAUUUGGUGAAUUCCAACCACGGUGACGCCUUAGCUUACAAUACCCAGAUGGGUUCAUCGGCGGUGCCUUUGGCCUCAUCAAUGCCGGAAACUUUAUUUCCGAUUUAUCAAUCUUUUUAUUCUGCUCCGGCGAAAACUUCUGUGAACACCGGCAGUGGACUCACAUACAACUUAUCGGCAUCUCCGAGAAAGCGCUCAAGAGAAUCUAUGAAUCAGUUAUAUGCUACAUCUAAUUUCGGAGAACCCCAGAAAAAUAGUGGCAUUUCUCAGUUUCCAUCUUUUGUCGGUCAAGAAACUUUGCCUCAAAUCCAGCAAUACCAGUUGGAGAUGGAUAGCAUUAUUUCCCAACAUACAAAAAAGAUGAAAUUGGAAGUGGAAGAUAAGCAAAAGCAACAAGCGAGAUUGUUGUUGUCGGCAUUAGAAGAAAGUGUGAUGAAUAAAUUAAAGGAAAAGGAGGAUCAGUUACAGAGAAUUGGGAAAACGAAUUUGUUUCUUCAAGAAAGAGUGAAGAGUCUUUUUAUGGAAAACCAAUUAUGGCGUAACUUGGCUCAAACAAAUGAGGCCACGGCCAACUCACUACGUACAAACCUCGAACAAGUAUUGGCCCACGUUAGUGACAAGCGUCUCUCCUGCGGUGCCGCUGUCUGUGGAGGGGCAGUGGAGGAGGAUGUUGAGUCGUGCUGCGGCAGCAGUGAUUGUAGGGAAGGAGUAGAAGGACGGCGAGAGGUGGCGGAACACGGUGGCAGGAUUUGCAGGAGGUGUGGGGAGAGAGAAUCAUGCGUGUUGUUGCUGCCAUGUAGGCAUCUUUGCCUCUGCAACAUUUGUGGGAGUGGGACCACUCAUGUCCAAAUUUGCCCCGUAUGUAAAUCUGACAUGACUGCCACUUUGCACGUUAACACGUCUUUUUAA